AUGCACCACGAGCUCCGCGCCCUCCCAUCCCCCAUCUCCUCCACCAAUGCGCCACCAACAAGCGACGGUACAACAAGUGACCUCAUCUACCUAACCGAGCGGCACCACCACUACCGCCUCCUCCUCUGCAAGUUGUCCAAAGACUCCUCCCCCUCAUCCCACACACUCCUCUGGACCACCCCUAGCGAAUCGGACAUCCUCCCAGCCCUCAUCUACCUCCACAUCUCUUUCUGGGACUUAUCCCUCGAGGCGCCAUUACUUGACAUGUGCCUCGCCAGGUUGACUUCUGCUCUCUUUCGUGGCGAUGAGAACGAUGGUGGUGUUAUCAUUAUUGCAUCGAGGGUAGGUAGACAUCAGACGUAA